GCCAGCUACCCGUUGUGGGUCUACGCUCAGGACUUGAUAUUGUGGAGCGCGGCCACCGAGGCUACAACGGCCUGGGGCGACAGCUUGGCCGCAGCAGCGGCCAUGCCACAGCAAGCAGCAUACCCCACGAGCGACCCGUACGUCAACACGCCAGAUGAGCAAUACAUGAUGGAGGAUUUCUUUGGCGACAGCGACACGGAGUCGGACGAGGACCUGCAGGACCCAGAGUGUACGGACGAGGCAAUAGAGGCAUAUGCAUCGAAUCUCCUUCCCCCUGGAGUGCCGGCCAACAGGACGAAUAUCACGACGGUGUUGUACGAGACAUACCUCAACAUAAAGAAGCGUUAUAGAGCCUACACGAAGAAGACGACGAAGGUCAGACGGUCCAAUCGGCGAUACUACGGUCGGCGCUCAGGACAAGGCAAAGGAGGAUUUCGGCGACAAUUCGGCAAGCCAAGCCACUUCCCCGUCGAAGAGCAGCACGACCCCACGUACUUCAAGGGUGGAAAGGGGAAGGGCAGCAGCUUCCGUGGACACGGCAAGAACAGAAAGGACCCAGUCACAGGCGAAGCGAUGAAGUGCCACGAGUGCGGUAGCGACGAACACCUGCGGAGGAAUUGCCCCAAGCUUCACCACCUGACGCAUGCGGCAGUCUUGGAAUGGUCUCAGAUCGUCGCAGACGGCACGGGCAUCCCGACGGACAUCAACACGGACCACGUCACACACCAGGAGCGACAGCUGCGGGAACUGAUGACCAGGAGCUUCAAUCCCCAACAGCCUCAGCAGGCAGUCGCGGCAGAACAUCAACAUACAUCGAUCUUGCAUCAGCUUCGCAUCUUGGAUCAGACGGCGAACGACGGAGAACAGAUAUCAGCGAGAUUCUUCCCCUGGUGGAACCUGGACGUGGAGCUGGACGAGACCAGCAGUUUCAACAUGGCGAACCUGAACGACGAGCAGAUCUUCCUCCUCAAGACGAAGUUGCCAGGCGAAGGACGUGAAGGACUUCUGGUGGACACUGGCGCACACGACAAUCUGGUGGGCAACCUGUUCAUCAAGCGCGUCCUGAACAUCUUGAGCGAGCAAGGCAUGAUGGACAAGGUGAAGUGGCAAAAGCUUCCCAAGCCCAUCAACGUGUCAGGUGUCGGCAAGGAGAGCCAACUCGUCGAAUGGGCCAUCACGAUUCCUCUAAAGGUCAUCGCGAACGAUGUGAAGAGCGACACUACCUACACGGCCCCAGUCGUCGGCACCGAGGAGGAUCCAUCUACAAUACCAGCGUUGUGGGGCAUCAAGUCUAUGCGACAUCAGCGGGCAGUCAUCGACCUGGUCAAUAACGAGAUACAUUUAUGUGGGCCAGGCCGAGUAUACAUUAACACACCUCAUGGUACUUCUACGCUGAAGAUCGAGAGCAGCAUGAGUGGACACCCGCUGGUACCAUGCACGGAGUUCGACAAGCACAAGAGGAAGGUCACCUUCAAGGCGGAGCCGCAGUACGCGACGGAGCACCAGAGCGACGUCGUGCACCACUUCAGCGACUUCAUCGGCAAGCAGCACGAGAGCGGCAGCCUGAAGACUACCAUGGUGCGGCUUCAGGAUGGCAGUCACACCUCGACCAUCCGCCUGGAGGCCAACUUUGAUUUGGGCGCUCCGGGCAUGAUCGACCACGCGGAGGCACCGGCGGCAGUCGCGAGCCUCCUUGAUUUGUUGUUCAAGGCAGAGCACAAGACGACGGACAACAGCAGUGGCGACCAGGUUAUGUUCGACGUUCUCGAUGAAGAUUCCACGGCAUACCCUACCGAUGCAGCUGUUCGGGCUAAAGAGAGAGAGCGGCAUCGGAAAGCACAGGCCAUCGACCCAACGCACGCCACGCCGAGCAAGAAGAAGAAGUUCAAGGUGGAGCAGCACUUCGACGACUGCGGGCUCGACGACUCUAGUCUCAAGCAGGCGCUGUGGACACUCAACCAGACCAGCACCGAGAUCUACGACGACAAGGACCAACUCAUGGACAACGAACAGGACCAAGACACCUGCUCGGUGUUUGUCUCUUCGCUACGAGGCUUGAGUGGGUCAGACACCAACGACAAGACCUACAGCCACGUGCCAAAGCAGUUCAAGUACGACGCGUUCACCAGCUUUAUGGCAGAUUGGUCUUAUCCCGCUCAGUAUAGCUCACAGAGCAGGGACCACUACAUCGACGUUGUGGAGAUAUGUGGAGGUAACGCUAGAACAUCACAGAUACUGAUCCACCGCUUCCACGAGACCAAGAUCGGGCUUAACUUCGACAUCAUUGUAGGCAUCGAUCUCUUGGACCCCACGCAAGAAGCGGCACUUUGGCAGUAUCUCAAAUCGAACAAGGUUCUGAUCACGAUUCUCAGCGUUCCCUGCACAGGACUAGCAGGCUGGCAGACAUUGAACAAGUUCACCAACCCGGAGACCUGGAAGCAGAGUAG